AUGUAUGGAAGCAGAAAAAAGGAACUAAUCAAAAGGCAGGUUAAGGCAUUGCCUCCAUUGGGAAAAAGGUUAUGGAAAUUCAACAAGGACUUUGAAGAAGACAUAGAAGCCUGUAGAAAGAACCCAGAGAGUGAGCCAAGUGGAUGUAAAUUAGAAGAAGACGUUGAGAAGAAAACACCAAGUGAACUGGACAAGGAGACUGAUAAGGCAGAAAAGACAACAGAUGGCAUGGCUGCAAAGCAAGUACAGAAGUCAAAAAGAGAGAACAUUGAGGCUUGGUUUGUCAAACUGAAAGGUACAAAGAUCAACCAUGCUGUUGUUGUAGAGAAAACAAAUGAGCUGGUAUCAGAACUCGAAAAAAAAGAAACAGACAGAUUGUUGCUGUCUGAACAGUUGCAGUUAUUGAGACAAAGAGCUGAUCAAGAACAGCUUGGCCCUGCUCUGUCAAUCAAGCUUCUUAUUCACUCUGUUGUUUGCAUAUUUGACUACAAUGUGAAAGUCCAGGCUUGCAUGGAAGCAGAGACAUGGCAAUUAUGCCUUGGUAAAUUUGAAGAACUUCUAAAGGUGUUGAUCAGAAAUCAAGAUGUUCAGCUGAAUUAUGAUAUUCCUGAGAAAUCUGAAAAUAUUGCAGUAAACAAUCACAAGCUCGAGCCACGUCUUGUACAAAUUGUUACAUUAAUUGAAUGUUUAGAAACUUGA